AUGGCUAUGCCUAUCACUGCUUCCACUAUUGGAUUUCACUUCACUGCUGCUACUGAAAAACCUAUCUUCUCUGUUCCUUUUAUGAAGGUAUCUUCUAGGUUUAGUCAUACUAAGCCAUGUUACUUUCUUCAUAAAACAAGAUUGUUAUCCUCUGGAACUACAAUUAUCCCUCGAGCAGCAGCACCUGUUACUGAUGUGCAGGAUGGUAAUCAAGGUGAGACUGAUACCGUUCCAACCCCGAUAGUCAUAAUUGACCAAGACUCUGAUCUAAAUGCAACUGUGGUGAAGAUAACUUUUGGUGACCGGCUUGGAGCUCUCCUUGACACAAUGAGUGCAUUAAAAAGCUUAGGCCUCAAUGUUGUUAAGGCAAAUGUCUUUCUGGAUUCUUCUGGCAAACACAACAAGUUUUCCAUCACAAAAGCUGAUACCGGCAGAAAAGUCGAAGAUCCAGAGUUGUUAGAAGCAAUUCGUUUGACAAUUAUAAAUAAUCUGAUUCAGUAUCACCCGGAAUCAAGUUCUCAAUUAGCAAUGGGAGCAGCUUUUGGACUUCUACCUCCAAAAGAGCAAGUUGAUGUGGACAUUGCAACUCGCAUAUAUGUUUCUGAUGAUGGUCCAGAUCGAAGUUUGUUCUACGUGGAAACAGCUGAUCACCCUGGGUUACUCGUCGAGCUUGUAAAAAGUAUUACUGACAUUGACAUUGCUGUUGAAUCUGGAGAGUUCGAUACUGAGGGGCUCUUGGCUAAGGCAAAAUUUCAUGUUAGCUACAAAGGCAAAGCAAUCAGCAAGCAGCUGCAGCAGGUUCUUGCUAACAGCUUGAGAUAUUUCCUGAGGCGUCCGGCAACGGAGGAAUCCAGUUUUUGA